UGAAUUUGGCGCGCUAUCAUAUGUUUUGAAGUUUGUUCGUUCGGUCGCUAAAGCAAAAAUUGCAACAAUCAAAUUUGACACAUUUUUGGAAAUGUGGCAACGUUACCGACGAGAAAAUAGUGUGCUUUUUACCUGAAAGUAAUACCUUUGAACCCCAGUUGGAUAAAACCCAUAUAGGACAAGUCUUCUCGUUGCAAUUGCAGAGCAGAUCGCGAAAAAAGUGGGGACGGAGCGAACAAAGCUGCAUUCUGCAGUGUGAUUCCCGAAUGGUUGAGUGUCAGAAUUGUUUUGCUGAAUGUUGAAUGGUUAGGUGUUAUUCGGUGUUCAGGUCAAGACGUUCGCUUCCACCUGCGACGUUCGUGGGCCCCAAUAAUCAGGUGUUGCGGUUGUGGUGUCUGUGCCUAACACAAGUGCUGCUGUCAAUGGGCAUCUCCUUUUGGUCAUUUUGCCCACCAGAAGCAGCAUCGACUGUCGAGGAGAGCGGUGUCCAGUUCCUCUCGCUGUGAAUGGAAGUGUUAUCCUUCUGGUGCGCCUUCCUGCUAUGAUCUUGGAUGCGUUGGAUAAGUGUGCUUUGUAACAUCAAUGUUUUCUGGAGAUGGUGUGUAAAGAGGAUGUUUUAUUAUGGUUUAAGGACUUGGAGGGUUAUAAAAGAAUAGAUGUACUGUACGAACUGCUAAAUAUGUGCAUUCCUUUCGAACUCCGUUUCCUGGGGAGCUGCAUUGAAGAGAUUGGUAAACACACGUACCAAGAACUGCGCGGACCAGCCAUAAAUGCCAACGACUUAGAUAGACUGUCCAAAGAUACCUCAUUUACUCAAGGUCUCUUAGAUGAAACUGUUCGGCAUCGAGUGUUAGUUUAUUUAUCUUUGCUAGCGUCAAGGAACUAUAGUGUUGCCAACUGGCUUUACAAAAAUGUAUUACGGACAGACUGGUUAGAAGAUUGUAUAGUGAAAGGAAAUCUAAAGGAUGAGAACGUUCAGAGUGAAUUUUUGUUGUUGUUUGUUAUGGCUUUGCACCAUCCAGCUUUUACUUUCGAACAAAAGCUUUAUUUUAAUACUAUACUCACUCAACUUAUCGAAUUUAGGGAAGCUAAAAAGAGGAACUCGCCCAAACCUAGUGGUUAUGGAUACCCUCCAGGAUUUGGGUACCCUACAGUCAAAACGAUGAAUACUCAAGAAGUUCCAAUUAUCCCCGUAAAGUCAUCAAUUAUCCCGUGCGGUGACGAUGGUCUCCACCAACAGCCUCCGUGUCUUCCUCCUUGUCAACCAACCCAGGAAUUCUUAUGGGGUAUUCCUGGAUUUCCAUGUGGAGCUCCGGAGGUAAGAAGAAAAGAAAACUCAGUUCUUUUCAUCACCACGUUUCAUCAAUCAAAUUACUCCAAAACUAGUACCUGCAUAGGAAACAAAUUAUACGAUAGAAAAUCUGCGAAAAAGGUGCCGCCACCAUUUCCUCUGCCUACUGUAUCACCCCUAGUCAGCGAAUCAACUUCACCCAAUCAUAGUCGAAGUACCUCACCACACCGAAUAGUCACUUUACGAUCAACGCCGAUGCCACCUCCUCAACCACCCCGGCCGAUCGAUACUAUACCAACGCAGUUACCUAUUGACACGCUCUCUUCAAACAAUUUUCCAUUUCUUCACCCCACUGAAAACGUUAAAAUAGCCGACGAAGAUUUGAACUCUAUACCAGAGGAGAAACUGUUAGAAGGGUCGUGGAUGCCUCCCCACAUAAAAGAGGUGAAGCAGCCCAACGGUAUUCGAUUCGGCGUCUGUCCUACCAAGAACAACCCGCGACAAUUCGUAGAACAGUUCCAGGCAUUGAGUAUAGACGGCGAAAAUUCGUUGCAUCGUUCAAACUCGUCCAGCAGCAGCAGCUUAAAUCAAACGCCACCGGAAACGCCGGCCGCAACGCCUCACUCGACGCAGGCGUCGCAGUGUCCUGUGCGAGGGGGUGACAAACCGCGCGUGAAUGGUAUGCCAACAUUUGUAACGGCAGGCGGGCCAACGCCGGGUCUGCCCAUUUGCGACACGACGUCGCCGCCGCCGCCGCAGCCGCCAACGCAAACCUUCAAUAACUGCUCCACUGUGCCUUACACCACUUACUCGCCGUUCACCGCCAUACCCAGCAGGUCGAUAUUCCCUUACACACAGCCAUACAGGCCGCCGUUCACCACCCACUUUCCAUCCUACCAGACCAACGACAACUCGUAUCAGGCCUACACCCUCCCCCUCAUGCCAUUUAUUUAUUCCAGUCAGUUCCCGCAUAGGAACCCAAACUGCUAUAAUUGCGGCGCGAUGGGCCACUCCGGACAAGACUGCACAGGCCAAAACAUCGAGGAUAUCACUCAGAAAAAGACUUAUACGAUCGAGUUUGCGGCCCCGCCACUUCCUGACGCUGAUAAAUGAUAGUGUUUUUAUGUGUGUAAUUGUUUUUGUAGUUAUUCUCAACAGUGAUUUGGACAGUUACCGUACUGCUUACGAGACAGUGAUUUUGUAAUAUAGGAAGAAAAUGUAUUAUUUGUAAAAAUCUCAUGCUUCAAGAUUUUUUUUGUUGAAUCAUGGCCUGCAAUCAUAGCGUCGAACUGAUCGUUCGCCGACAUGAUCUGAACUAUACGAUGGUGGUACGUGCGAUUCUAUGCAGAUAUUGUUGCAGUUAUUUUUAUCAGUUUAUUAUACAGUCUCAAAUUUUUACGUCCGCUUUUUUGUGGUUUUAAAUUUAUUAGUACAACUUACAGUAGCGAAUUAUUUUUCAUUUGUAAUACAUGUGUACUUACUUCAUAUGGUGAAGUUCCAUUUUAGACUUUUUAAAUUAUUUUAUUUAGACAUUUGCCACAAUAUUUAUAAGGAACUGAAAAUAUUUAUUAAUUUUGUUAUUUUUGUUUUGAAUUUGUUACUACCUUUUUAAACUAUCACUGAUUGUCCUAAAUAUAUUGUUCUGUAUAUUGUCAUGAUUUUACUGUACAUAGUGACUAGUU